AUGGCCGAAAACUCCCUCCUGAGGUUUAUCACCAAGAACAAAGUGGCCAUCCUAGCAACGGUCUCUGCGGGGACUGCUGCUGUGGGUGCUUAUGUUUACUACCAGCAAAUUAAGCAGCAGCAACAGCAGCAAUUGAAGGGUACAAAAGACAACCGACGUCAAAGUGAGGCCUUUGCUGGUCAAAAUGAAGACGAGGCGGACUUAAAGGACGACGGCAGCGUCGUAAGUGGAAGUAAUAAGAGGAAGAAGAAGAAGAAUAAACGCAAGAGGAACAAUAAGGCAAAAUCGGGAGAAGGGUUUGACUAUCCCUCCUUGCCCAAUGGCGAGCCUGAUAUUGCCCAAUUGAAAGGCCUAUCACCCUCCCAGAGACAAGCGUAUGCCGUGCAACUGAAGAACAGAGGUAACCACUUCUUCACUGCUAAGAAUUUUAAUGAGGCCAUCAAAUACUACCAGUAUGCCAUUGAGCUGGACCCGAAUGAACCAGUGUUCUAUUCCAACAUAUCUGCUUGUUACAUUUCUACGGGCGACUUAGAGAAGGUUAUAGAGUUCACUACAAAGGCACUUGAGAUAAAACCUGACCAUUCUAAAGCCUUGCUGAGACGUGCAUCUGCCAACGAGUCACUGGGCAACUUCACUGAUGCUAUGUUUGAUCUAUCUGUUUUGUCAUUGAAUGGUGACUUUGAUGGAGCCUCCAUUGAACCUAUGCUGGAAAGAAAUUUAAAUAAGCAAGCAAUGAAAGUACUAAAUGAAAACCUAUCGAAGGAUGAAGGCAGAGGCUCGCAGGUUUUGCCGUCUAACACAUCUCUGGCGUCAUUUUUUGGGAUUUUUGACUCUCACUUAGAAGUUUCUAGUGUGAACACCAGUUCAAACUACGAUACUGCAUACGCUCUAUUGUCAGAUGCUUUGCAAAGACUAUAUUCUGCAACAGAUGAAGGUUACUUAGUAGCAAACGAUCUUUUAACAAAGUCCACUGACAUGUACCACUCUCUACUUUCUGCAAAUACAGUGGACGAUCCUUUAAGAGAGAAUGCUGCCUUGGCAUUGUGCUACACGGGUAUUUUCCAUUUCUUAAAAAAUAACCUGUUAGAUGCCCAAGUUCUUUUACAAGAAUCUAUAAACCUGCAUCCAACACCAAAUUCGUACAUAUUUUUGGCAUUGACCUUGGCCGAUAAAGAAAACUCUCAAGAAUUUUUCAAAUUUUUCCAAAAAGCUGUUGAUCUAAACCCUGAGUAUCCGCCAACCUAUUACCACCGUGGGCAGAUGUAUUUUAUUCUACAAGAUUAUAAAAAUGCCAAGGAAGAUUUCCAAAAGGCCCAAAGCUUGAACCCUGAAAAUGUUUAUCCCUACAUUCAAUUAGCCUGUUUGUUGUACAAGCAAGGUAAAUUUACCGAAUCUGAAGCUUUUUUCAAUGAAACAAAGUUGAAGUUUCCUACCUUACCUGAGGUGCCCACCUUUUUCGCUGAAAUCUUGACAGAUAGGGGCGAUUUUGAUACUGCAAUUAAACAAUAUGAUAUUGCUAAAAGGUUGGAAGAAGUGCAAGAAAAAAUACAUGUGGGUAUAGGACCCUUGAUUGGGAAAGCAACUAUAUUAGCUAGACAAUCCUCUCAAGAUCCAACCCAGUUGGAUGAAGAGAAAUUCAACGCAGCCAUUAAGCUGCUGACAAAAGCCUGUGAAUUAGAUCCACGAUCUGAACAAGCGAAGAUCGGGUUAGCACAACUAAAAUUACAAAUGGAAAAAAUUGACGAGGCCAUAGAAUUGUUUGAAGAUUCUGCAAUUUUAGCAAGAACUAUGGAUGAAAAACUUCAAGCUACUACCUUCGCGGAAGCUGCAAAGAUACAAAAGCGUUUGAGGGCUGAUCCAAUCAUAAGUGCAAAGAUGGAGCUAACAUUAGCUCGUUAUAGGGCUAAAGGCAUGCUUUAG